AUGCACCCCUUCUCUAUUCUCACACUUGCGAUAUUCGUAGCCGGCUACAUCACUGCGAGGUGGGACCUGGUUACUAGACUUUAUGAGCUGGCAAUAUUCGCAUGGGAUCACGGAGUAGUGACACGCACUCUUAAAGGAUUCGCAAUUCUUUCCCUAUUCUUCUUUCUAUUCAUCAUACCAGUGGAAAGGCUCGCGUCGAGGGAGACGACACUACAUCCGCGAUCCGGCAGCGUCGGCAUAUCUGCACGAGAACAAUUGCGACGAAGGGUUGUCAUGCCCGAUCAUGAUGGCAUGAUGAGGAUUUUCUGGCCGAGGGAUAUACCAAGAAGUGAUUCACCUGGAGUAAUAGUAGGCUGGAGGAACUCGGGCCUUGAUAUAUUUGUGGUUGCGAUAUUGGAGGAUGUUGACGCGCGCAAUGUAGAGAAUGCAUUGAAAGUCGGAACCCUGUUCCGAAAUGCCAAUCAUCCUAUCGAACGAAUAUAUGAAUUAUGUGGGCAGUCCUCACUACAGGUGUUGGGCCUAGCAAAUUCACCAAAAGCCGAUGUCGAUAACCUUCAAAUCCGCGCAACUACGGGAUCAGCAUAUAAACUACCUCAGAUAUCUUGUGCCCGGGCAUCAACGAAUCAAAUAGUCGUGUUUGAUCGACCUCAGCCCAAUAGGAUGCAAUACAUUUCUUUAAAGCCAAUAUCCUUAGCACUGGACGACAAGGCUGAAAUGACUUUUCAUGCACCAGGCAGUGUUGAUGCCGAAGAAGAGCGAGAAGAACUCAGACAGAGAAAAAGGACUCAGGAACUCGUCGAAAAGUUGAAGUAUCACUCGGUUGUUAAACAUCCACCGUCCCAAAAAGAACUUGCCUUGACGAGAAUAGUCAAUCAAAUCAAUUGUGCGUGGGAGGUCCAUCAAUUAUUACAGAAGAAUAUCUCGCUAGUUGGAGCUCGGUCAAGGAGAAGUCUGAGCGUGUCGGAAAGAGUAGUGGAGUCGGCAACCACGAUGCGUGAUUUCGUUCUUUUGACGAUAUGGAAAAUGAUCACACUCUACAUAUAUCCUAUUCUCAGACGUGGAUUUGUCGUUGGUCUUGUGUGCCAUAGGUUUGCUGCUGAAGCUCUACUGUUGGUUCUGGAAUGGAGAGCUAAGCCAGACUAUGCAGCUUUGAAAGAUAUCUCCGCAACUGCACAGCAGGUGGAAAUACGCUUACAACAAUUUUGUUAUUGGCCUAUGCAAUAUGUCACUCUUCGGAAGAGCAAAAGAGACUGGGGUAGCGUGACGACAAGUCAUCCGGACUACAUACGAUUUUACAAUAGUCUUUGGCUAGUUGCAAACGACGUGAUAAUUGGAAUUGCAUUGGGGUCGUACAUCAUUGACAAUUCUACCUGGGUCGCAGAAACCAUCAGUGAAAUCCUGAGCACUUAUUCUAUAGCUGCACUGCAAAGAACCAUCACUUGGCUUAUGGACUGGCCGGCUGGCUUGAAACUUAAUACUGAGCUGGCUGCUUUUCUGGGUGAUUUGUUCUUAUGGGUCAUCGAUCAUUGGUCAAGCUGUAUUGAAGCUUUACACCCAGUGCUGCCUCAUGUUAUAUGGGUUGUUGGAUUUUCCAGUUUUGCUGGAGCCAGCAUGCCCAUCGCCCUGUUCUCCGACCUACUCACCAUCUUGACACUUCACAUCUACUCGUUUUAUAUGGCUUCUGCACGUAUCUUCAAUUGGCAGUAUACGAUACUUCUCUCCUUAUUUCAGCUAUUUCGCGGUAAGAAACAUAAUGUUCUACGCAAACGCAUCGACUCUUGCGAUUAUGAUCUCGAUCAAUUAUUGCUCGGCACGAUUUUAUUCACGCUACUCUUCUUUCUCCUACCUACAGUGGUUGUGUUUUACUUGGCAUUCGCAUGUGCACGCAUGGCAAUUAUCUCAUUGAAAGCUGUUUUAGACGCUUUGCUUGCUUGCUUGAAUCAUUUUCCACUAUUUGCAUUAAUGUUACGACUUAAAGAUUCGCAACGAUUACCAGGUGGCAUACGAUUUGAACUUCGAGAUGCCCAACAACUAGCAAGUCAAAUACCUAAUACUCCAUCUCCUCCGCCGACAUCAUAUAUCUACCUUAAAUCCGUCCCUCUUACUUUCCGCGCCAUGUUUCACCAAUACUUCCAACUUGGUCAUCGGAUCCGUAAACACUACGCCUCACCCCGCGUUCUCCUCUGUCUCGCCACGGGUAAAUUUGUCCCGCCUAUCCAUCGUAAAAACUUGUAUUCUCUUCAAUAUAGUAUGUUACCAGCACGUAGAGCGGGUAUAAUGGAUAUGUGGUAUGCGUUAACGGCGAGUACCGAUGAAGGAAAGGAGAAGGAUAAAAGGAGGGGUGGUGCUGGGUGGUUGAAUGGCGGAGUGGCUAAUUUGGCGAUGGGCAAUGGGAAUUUGAGGAGGGGUAAUGGAUAUAUGGCUAGGAGGGGUGGGCAUUGA